GUAUACGCCUUUAUCGACGAUAUCAUUAUCGCUAGUAAGAAUAUAGAGAAGUACCUUAAGUACAUUGAGACGGUUCUCGAUAUCCUCAAUAAGGUACACGUUUAUAUUUCGAUAGAAAAAUCCUUUAUAGCCUACUUGUCAGUGAGACUACUUAGCUAUAUAGUUAAUAGCGAAGGAGUAGCUAAGAUAGACGAUAAGAUCGUUAUAUUUAAGAAACUUAAGUUCCCCAAUACUUUUAAGACUUUAGAGUAG